UCGCUUUAUAGGAGAGAGUAUAGAAUGUGCACUAGUGUAUGUCGUGAAUUUUCUUUUUUCUUUAUUUAUGUUUUCUACAAGUCUCAUCCAUUUCCGUGAAACAUCAAAAAUAUAAUCCGCCUACAUGAAACCAACUCCACCGCUGGCAUUAUGAUUGUGUGUGAAAUUCGUGGAUAAAGUGUUGUUGUUGUUUGAUUUAUCGCCUGGAGAAUUCGAGAAGAAUAAUAAUUAGGAUAAUCGCCAUGAAGAGUCAAAGCACGCUGAACAAUUUCCAGGAAACUCUAGCGACUAGAGAUGAUAGAAAUCGGUUUGAGAGUGGUCCGAGGUCACGACUGGAAGUGGAAGGAGCAGGAUGGGGGCGAGGGUCAUGCUGGAACGGUUGUGGAGAUUGGAACACUCCCGACAGCUCCUGUGAAUGGCGCAGCUGCCUCCAACGCAGCCAAGAAAACACCUGACAAAACAGUGAUCGUCCAGUGGGAUCACGGUGCGAGGAGCAACUACAGAAUCGGUUACCAGGGCUACUACGAUUUACUGGUGUUUGAUAAUGCAGCUGCUGGUGUCCUACACGACAACAUCGUCUGCGAUGGCUGCAAGCGUCCUGACUUCGUUGGAAUCAGAUGGAAAUGCGUGCAGUGCUUCGAUUACGAUCUCUGCACGCAGUGCUACAUGGAUGAUGUACAUGAUCUACGUCAUGUGUUCCAGAGAUUCCAGACUGCUAAUGCUGCUGGUGUUAGGCUGCCCCCUCGAGAAGGCUGCACGAAGAUACCUUUGAAGGGGAUAUUCAUCGGGGCGAAAGUGGUGAGAGGUCCAGACUGGAAGUGGAGCAAUCAGGACGGAGGUCCAGGCAAGAUCGGUAGGGUGAUGGAUAUCCGUGGGGGAGACAAUGAGAGCAGUCGUUCAGUUGCGACAGUGACGUGGGCUUCGGGCAGCACGAAUGUCUAUCGUCUGGGAUACAAGGGCUGCGUUGACCUCUGCUACGUCGAGGAGGCAAAGUGUGGCACGUACUACAAGGAGCAUUUGCCAGUACUGGGUCAACCUGUAGAGACGAUUGCCGGAGACAUCACUGCACCAACCUGCACCGAUGUCUCCAACACUGCCAGUCCCUGCCACUCAACCUUCAAUGUGGGAGACAAAGUCAAGGUCCUCAGGGGCGUGGACACGCUCAAAGAGAUGCAGAUUGGUCAUGGGGGGUGGAAUCCCAGGAUGGCAGAGUACAUUGGAGGAGUUGGGACCGUUCACAGGGUCACUGACAAGGGCGAUAUCAGGGUACAGUACGACAGCUGCAAUAACAGGUGGACUUUUCAUCCUAGGGCGUUGGUUAAGGUGGUCGGUGAGGAGUCCUUCAGCCUUGGGGAUGUGGUGCAGGUAAAGAGUGAUGUGACCCAGGUGAAGAAUUACCAGCAGGGACAUGGGGAGUGGAUUGACGUGAUGAAGAGUGCAUUAGGUAAAACAGGAAAAGUAAUUAAAAUAUAUCCGGACGGUGAUCUGAGGGUAAUAUUGGAGGGCCACACGUGGACAUUCAACCCCCUGAGUGUCAUUAAGAUCUCGUCUGGACCCGAAGGGGAAUUUAAACGUUCCCAAGCACCUGCCAUGGACUCUCCAGCGGCAGGUGGUGCAGCAAAUGAAGUCGAGAAACUCCUGCGUGAUGCAGCUCGUGGUGAGGCUGGUCUCUCAUCAGUUCGGGAGUUUCUCCGUAAGUACUCAGGUAGUGUCGACGCCCGUCCCAGUGGCAUAGGCGGUGGUAAGAAGACCUGUCUUCAGGUAGCCGCUCACCAGGGCAACCGAGAGCUCUGUGUACUCCUUCUGGACGCAGGUGCAUCAUUAAGAGCUGUGGACGAGGACGGAGAUCCACCUUUGCACUACGCAGCCUUCGGUAAUCAAGCUGGGGUGAUGGAAUUCCUCAUAAAUCGAGGUGCACCCAUCGACGCUGUCAAUAAUUCUGGCUGCACUGCCCUUCACGUAUCCGUCAAUAAACAAAAUUCAAAUUGUGUUAAAAUUCUGCUGCGUCACAAUUGCAAUGUUAAUUUGCAAGACUCUUAUGGAGACACUGCACUGCACGAUGCCAUCGGGAAGGACACUACUGACAUUAUUGAUGCGCUUAUCAACUGCGAGAGGAUUGACUUCACCCUGAGGAACAAAAGGGGAUUCAAUGUCCUUCAUCAUGCUGCGCUGAAGGGAAAUGCACAUGCUACGAGACAACUUAUGACGCGAAUCCAGAACUUGGUGGAUGUGAAGAAAGAUGACGGUUUCGCGGCCCUGCAUUUGGCGUCUCUGAACGGCCACCGAGAAGUCACCCACAUUCUACUGUCAGAUUCAGGAGGCCGAGCUACAGUGGACCUUCGUAACAAUCGCCGUCAGACUCCCCUCCACCUGGCAGUGUCUCAGGGUCACUGGAGCCUCGUGGAGCUCCUGCUGAGCCACAAGGCCGAUAUCAGGGCAGUCGACGAGGAUGGAGACACAGUCCUGCACAUUGCAAUAUCAAGAAGUCGUCAUCUGCCACCAGUGGUGCCCACUCCAGAGGGUAAUCGGGACUCACCGAGAGUUCACGCCACCUGGCAAGAGUUGGUGAACUCCAAUGGUCCCACUGAGCUCGCCCUGAGCUGUUUCCUCAUGAGCUAUGACAGCACCAGUAGUAUGUACCUGGUGAAUGCUAAGAACUCCAAAGGAAAGACUCCCUUCGAUCUUCUGAGCUCUGAAAGGAGUGAGGGCGGUCUCCAGGACCUCCUUAUGUCCUAUGUCCACCUCAGGCAUGAGCGGAGGGACCUCGUGGCCGUGGAGACAGGUGUGGAUGUUGCUGCUGAAGGGAGUAGGAGUACUGAUCCCCUUGAGACGGCUCGUGAUGACGCAUCGGAGGCCGAGGAGAUGAUGAACGACGUGGGCAGCUCCACUAGACAUGAGAACCAGGGCGAGGCGUCUGAACUCGCUGAGGAAGAAGCGACUGAGAAGGGGGAAUCCAAGGAGAGAGAACAUGAUAAAAAUUUGGAGAGGUUGAGGUACCUUGAGACCAGGGUCGCUGAUCUUGAGGAGGCGAAUAUGUGCAGCAUCUGCAUGGAGAGGAGAAGGAAUGUCGUUUUUCUUUGUGGACAUGGCGCUUGCGAACGCUGCUCUGCACCACUCAAGACUUGUCACAUGUGUCGGAAAACUAUUACCAAAAAGAUCAAUCUUUAUUGAGCGAAUGGGGGGAGGAGAGCUUGAGAAGAUUUAGUAAAUGAGAGCUCGUGUGAGAGGUGGAUGUACGAUAUCCAUUUUUCGUAAUGUCUGAUUUUUUAAUGGAGGACGAGAGCCAGUGGAAAGUCGAUGAGCUAUCUGCAAUUAUGUUGCAAUAAAUAACAUUUUUGGAAAUUAUUUCACUCUCUUGUGCAAUUCAACUUUCCACUUCCUCUAAUCGUAUAAAUAGAGAAAUGAAUUUGCCAAAAUCGAGUAAUCCAGUACGAGGAACUGCUACUCUGGGUAGCCGAAUAAUUACAAGUUAAAAGAAAUCUACUGAAGUUUUUCUAUUAAAAAUUCUACUGAAAUUUCUACUAGUUCAAUAGUCGGCGAAUUUUUUUAGCCAGGAAUUUUUAAUAGAAAAUAUUCUGUGGAAGACAUCAGUAAUGUUUUUAAUUUUCUACAUAAAUUAUUCUAUUGAAGUAUUAGAAAAUCGAGUAAAAUAAAUUUUUGAUAAUUAAUGAUGGCAUGGAAUUGUGUAGAAAAUGUCUCAAUGAUUCUGUAGAAAUAUGGAAUUUGCCUGAUUUAGCCGUAAAAUAAUUUUAAUUCGAAGAUUUUCUAUAUGAAAUAAGUCAAAAGCCAAUAAGAUUUUGCGUGAGAAUUCACCAGAUUUUUUAAUGAAAUUUUAACGUGCGUGUACGCUCAUAUUUUUAAUAAAUUGUACAGCAUCGUGCCAUAAUGCUAGCUUCCGACUAUUGAAUCAUGUCAAUCUGUCACAUUUUUUGAUGUAAAACGACAAAAUCUCAUUAACAUUACUACAUAUAAAUUAAUAUUGACAAUUAGCACAGUAAUUUAUUAGUGUUUCACUCAUUGUGAAACACGAAAGCAGCAAUUUAACGAGCGUGAGAGUAAUCCAAUCAGGUGAAAGACGUAUAUGUUUUUGUAUAGUUUAAAAAAAAUUUUUGGAUUCCCACGCUCUCGGCAUUUUUUAAAUAAAUACAACUGUUCACCCAGUGGCAACUGCCGUGUCGUGAAAAUUAAGAAAAAAACGUUUAUAUUGAUGUAGAGGUAUAUAGAUUAUAUUAUAAUAAUUUUAAAAAAUUUAUACUCACUGAUAAUUAAUCAGGAAAUUUAAAUAAAUGAAUUUAAAACGAA